AUGAUGAGUGUGAUAAGUAAUUCCAAGCGAUCGGUGCGGAUGACCGUAAAUUUAUUGAAGAGAAGCGUCAAUCUCUCGGAAAGGCGAUACGCCACUCUGGAAGACUACAAAAUCACGUGGACGCGACCGAAGAAAAUCUCGUGUGUGUCACCGGAGAAGUCCGGUGAUCAGGGGAUAGCCAUUGACAUCAAGAAGACCGACAUUCCCAGGAUUUACAAUGAAUCGUCCGAGAUGAAGAAUGCCAGUGACAUUGUUAAGAGAAUGUUUACGUUAGAAUUUCUACCGAAGAGGGAGAGAGACCGAAUGAUGACGACGAAGAUCGUCGAUCUAGUAAAGAGGCACAAUGAUGACGAGUUUUCGCCCGAAGUUAAAAUCGCUCGUCUAACCAGCAGGAUAUUCAAAUUACGAGAGAUUUACAGCAAGUAUCCUAAAAAUCGCAAGUUAAAGGUUGAAUUGAAAGAAGCAAUCGACUCGAGAGUACGUCUCUUAACAAAGCUGCGUACUUCAGAUUACAGAUGUUUCGAGUACACUUUAGAGAAACUGAACCUCAUUUACAAACCGUAUCCAGAUCCGCCCAAUCAAAUCACCAAGAGGGAGUCUCUGACGCGAUUAACGGAGAAACAUUGUAACGAGAUCGUACAGAAAAAGAUGGAUGCGUACAAAGCGGAAUUGAAGGCGCAGCAGAAGGACUUUUUCGCGGAGAAGGCGGAAAAGCUCGCUUUCAUUCGGGAAGAAGAGAUAGCGUGUGGCUUAGAGCCGACAAUAAGCGAAGAGGAUGUGGCACUCGCUAAGCGAAAAGCGAUGGAAUACCAGACGUAAUAUUAAUUGAUUAGAUUUAUAAAUUAUUUGCAAAUUGUACAAGAUUAAAAAGAGAAUUAUAUAUAUUUUGAAAUUAUCCGUAUAGCGCGAAUGUUCAAAGAAAAACAUCCCAGAGAUGUCACAGGGACGUUUGAUACAUCUGGGAUAUCUUUUGAACGUACGCUGUGUGAGUAGCGGGUAGUAUUCUUUAAUUGUGAUUACACAAUCCCACAAUCUCUGAUUAUAAUACAUUUGUUUCAUCAUCAUUCGAUAUAAUUCAUUCUUGUUGAUUACACACAAUUAUAAUUAAAAUAAUACAUCUUGUAAAAUUUAUUGAUACAAAGUUACAUGCCGGCGGUACUACAACUUUCAAGCCUCAUAACUCGAAAAGUAUUUAACGCAAAAAUAUUUUGUUAUAGUGUCUUGAAAAGCUCUCGAGGUAAGUUAUAAAAAUAUAUAAUAACAAGUAGGGGAUUCCAUUUAAAAAAUUCAAGGUGGCCUUUAUGUGACCUUCAAAAGACUAUAAAAAGUCAAACCAAUAAUACUAUCUUAUAUAUCCCUCGAAAUCAAACAACUUUUGUAUGAAACAUUGUUCUGUAAAAUGCUUUUCUUCUGAAAUAUAUGUUUGUCACACUUUAA